AUGGCGAAUAAUCUCAGAGGAAAAAAGAAAAAAAAAGGUGCUGAUCUAUAUUUCCAAGAUCGGAUAUUUGCCCGGAAGAAUGGAUGCUUCGAAACGAAGACCACUAUGCCCAGUUAUUUCUUUGGAUUUGAUCAUCUGUGGAAAUUACUCAAGGCAUAUGGCGAAAAUGAAUCAAUGGAGUUUGCUCAGAGAUGGCAUAAUGAAUUUGGAAAUACUUUCAAUCUUCCUUUCGGCGUGGGUCGCACUGUGGUGCGGACGUGCGACCCCAAGAACGUACAGGCUAUAUUAGCCACCAAAUUCAAUGACUUCGAGAUAGCGGUUCGCCAAAAGCCGUUUGGGCCUUUACUUGGUAACGGAAUAUUCGUCAGCGAUGGAAAAGCGUGGGAACAUUCCCGGGCACUUCUGCGUCCGAAUUUCGUACGGAAUCAGAUCUCUGAUAUUGCCGUAUACGAAAAACAUGUUUCCCAGCUCAUUAAACACAUACCGCUUGAUGGAUCAACAGUUGAUCUUCAAGAUUUGUUUCUUCGAAUGACUAUUGAUUCAGCCACAGAAUUUCUUUUUGGUCAAAGCACUGACACUCUGGGUAAUGGCAAAUCAAAGACUGGAAACAGUUCUUUCGCCGAGAAUUUCAGCAUUUCUCAAGCUAAAUCACUUACUCGUCUAUUACUGGGUCCAUUUGUCGUCUUCCAUAGAGAUUCCGAGUUUGUGAAAGCUUCGGAGGAAUCAAGAAAAUACGUCCGACGGAUUGUUGAAGAGACCCUUGAACAAAGAGCCUUGCAGGCUGAGAAGGGUUCUUUGGAGGGAGAGUCAUAUGUUUUUCUGCACGAACUUGCUAAACGGACCCAAGAUGAAAAGAUGUUGACCGACCAGUUACUCAAUAUCUUAUUGGCAGGUCGUGACACUACCGCCGCUCUUCUGAGUAUUACAUUUUUCACCAUGGCCAAACGAGAAGAUGUAUGGUCUAAGCUGAGAACAGAAGUACUCAAGCUUGAAGGAAGACAGCCUUCAUUUGAAGAUCUCAAGUCAAUGACAUACCUUCAAUGGGUUAUGAACGAAAUACUAAGACUUUAUCCCAUCGUGCCGUUCAAUAUUCGUGUGGCAAACAAGAAUACUGUUCUUCCUACAGGAGGAGGACCAUGCGGAACGUUACCGAUAUUCAUUCGCAAAGGGCAAGAGGUACAAUAUAGUGUCUAUACUAUGCAACGUCUGCCAGAAUUCUUUGGAGCAGAUUCCAAUGAGUUUAAGCCUGAAAGAUGGGAGAAACUCAGACCAGGCUGGGCUUAUUUACCAUUCAAUGGGGGGCCCCGUGUCUGCAUUGGACAACAAUUCGCGUUGACGGAAGCCGGAUACACAAUCGUUCGUAUUGUCCAGCAGUUCGAACGUCUGGAGAGCCGAACGCCCGAGGCUUUCAAGGGGAAUGUAGGGCUCACUCUGUCCAGCGAAUACGGCGCAAAGGUGGCGUUGACACCCAUUCAAGCUUAA